AUGAGCGCAUAUGUCGAUCCGAUGGGGGCUACAGUGGAACACUGCAACGCCAUGGCCACUCAAUUCCCUGAUUUGGCCGAGAAAUAUUACAAUGUGUUUCGCCAGUGCUGUCAACAAAAGCUAUGGCAUCAAUUAACCUUGUGCAUGAUGGAGUUUUACACGGCCGACGACACCAAUCGACCAAUUUCGGGUGACAACAAAAGCACUUACUUGGCAUUGUACAAGGAACUCGUGCAAGCCGUGGCUGGAAAGUUGAAUAAAUUGUCCGUCUCCCAAAUUGCUGCUGCGGUUGCCUUUUCCGGUCUCUCGCAAGAAGAAGGAACCGCAUUGUUGGAUGCCUUGCUAGAAACCACCCCAAAGACUGACAUUGCUUCCAAGUUGUAUUUGGAAUCCAAGAGAUCGCUUUUGCUAUUGAACGACUCUCCUGACAAGGAAACUCUUGCCUCUAUUUACGCCCUGAUCAAAACCAACAAGGAACUGUUGGAUCAAUUGAUUCAAGAUUCUCCGGAUGUCAUUAUUGUCAAUCGUGCGCACUACGAAAUGACAAUGUCGUAUUACAAGAUUGUUGGUCCACCAGAAGCCUUUUACGAAGAAGCCAUUCGGUAUCUCAAUUAUUACACACCCGAGGACAAGGAUGCCGACAAGGCCAAGUCACAACAGUUGGCGGUCGAUAUUUGUCUGUCUGCAUUGACAGGAGAGGGCGUUUACAACUUGGGACAAGUCGUUAGCAAUCCCAUGUUGUUGGCCCUCAAGGAGACACCAGAUGCUUGGUUGAUGGAACUCCUGGAAGCUUGUGGCAAUGGACAAGUUACGGAAUUCAAGGAACUGGUAUCCGUAAAGUAUCCUGCUCAAAUUGCUUCCCAGCCAGCUCUCGUCAAUAUGGGAGUACAAAUGCAAGAAAAAAUGACCCUCCUCGCACUGGUCAAGAUGAUUUUUGAACGACCUGCCAGCGAACGAACUGUGGAUUUUGCCACUAUAUCCAAAGUGUUGCAAAUUUCCGUGGAUCAAGUGGAGUGGGUCAUUAUGCGAGCCUUUUCGGUCAAGCUAAUGGAAGGAAGUAUGGAUCAAGUGGAUGAGAUUGUACAUGUCACGUGGAUCUUGCCCCGUGUCUUGGACAAUGGACAAAUGUCGGCUUUGGCCAAUCGAUUUGGGGAAUGGGCCGUCAAGGUGGCAAAGACCAAGGAAAGCAUGCAAGCGGAUGGUGGGGCAUUGACUCAAUAA